GUCACAAUUGUAAAUUCUGUACAGUAUAAAUCUGGGUGAAUCUCAGAUUCUUCAUCACUCGAUCUCUGAUUGCUGAGCUAUCUAGACAAACCGAACAGACACUCGUUCACUUUUUAUUCAACGACCCUUUCACUGACAUCCUUUGGAUUCAAACUAGACCUGUCUCUUAAAAAUGGACGCCAUCUUUGAUCACGCCCACGAUAUGAGACCGUCCUCUUUCUCUGAGGAGGAGCAACAUCACUUCCACGCAGAGAAAAUCCUGCUGAAGCAGUUCAUGCUCAUGAAGCAACAGGAUGAAGUCCCUGACUCUGUGUCUGUGGGACACAUGAAGUCCUGGCUGCUGAAACAAAGAAGCUUCCUGAAUGAGAUUCAGGGAAGUGUUAAAACGACAGGGACAGACGAUUUGUCCGCGGCCGAAUUGGCCUACAAUCUAAUGGAAGAGGAGCUCCUGGAGCAGCUGGAGAAAGAGAAGCAGCUCUCAUUGCUUUUCAACAGGAAGGUCUCACUGAAAGGCCUUCAGAAGUUCAUCACCUCCAUCCGCCCAGGAGCAGAGAAAGUCGUCCAGUUCUUUCUCCCAUCUCUACACAGAAAGCUGCUGCAGAUGUUCCUUUCCAUCAACAUCCCCAGAGAUGGGAUCUCAGCAGGGGACCCCAUACCAGUGGAUCUCCUGGAGCUGGAACAGUUCACUGCUCCUGUAGUGCCACAGGUGGUGGACUCAGCUCUGAAGCUUCUCCUGGAGGAAUCAGAGCAGGUCAACAGAGAAGAAGCAGCCAAUGCUGAGAUUAGCCAGCUGCUGAUGCAGUGUGUAGUUCCCUACCUUUCCUGCCAUGUGACAGUAAAUUACACACUUGUGCUUGGGGUCUGCAAAAUCAUGGCCAAGUUCAUGGUCAAAGCCAUCAAAAAAACCAUUGACGAGCACUCCAAGUUCUUUGAGCAGAUGGAUGAAAAUGAGAGCUGCUCCUCUGCCAGAGACAAGGUCAUCACUGCUAUCCGGGACAUGACAGAGAAGGCAAAGACUGACACAUCCAGCCGGGCUCACAUCCAAAUCAGCAACUCCCAUCAGGCUGAAGACAGUUCUUCAGAGAAGAGGGGGACUUCUCUGGAGGCUGUUCACACUGAGGAAAAUGAUGAGGGACUCGUGGAGAAGAGGGAGGCUUCUUCAGAAGAUGUUUGUUCUAAGCAGGAGGGACUCAUACAUCAGAACGAGCCUUUACCACCAGUCUCCAAGACAGAAGAGACGGCCACCAUGACAAAGAAGCUGACAGAGGACACACCGUUACUCAGCCAAGACACACAUGUGACUCAGUCUUGUGAUGACCAGAGUGAAGAACAGAUACAAGAGGACUCUGGUGAAGAAGUCCAGGCCUCUUCUGGUGAAGACACAGAUCACAAAGUGCAGCCUGCAACAUCACAAGUUCCUAUUGAACAGAUCAGCACAGUGGCAGCAGAAAAUCGACCAGUGGAGGAGAGGGGGCCUUCUCCACAAGUCACUGCCACUGAGGAGCUGGAAAAAACGACUGUAGAGGAAAAAGAGAUGUCUUCAGAGGUCAGUGCCACCAACCCAGAAAAUAUCACUGAGGACAAAGCAGUCUGGGUCAGAGUGGAGACAAAUGUCAGCGUCUUCCUCGACACUGAGAUCGAAAUAAUCCAGGAGGGGAUAGUGGAGUCAUCUGAGAUACAGGAUGCUCUCUCUGUGAACGGCAAGAAAAAGAGGAAGAAGAAGAAGAAGAAGAAGAAGGGAGUGAAAGCCUUCUUUCGAGGUGCCUGGAAGAGUGUGACGUCCUGUCUUCGUUCUUCUACUGAAGAAUAAAACACAGCAUAUAAAAACUGUUUCAUGCAUUAAAAAUAAAAUAAAAAGCUCAUUUAAAAAUA